AUGAUGCAAAGCUCACACUUUUGGACCUCAAAAAUCAAGUCGGAGGAGUGUGAUUUCGCGUUUGAGGUGCGCGAACUGGAACCCAGCAAGUUCGUUAACUCAAGAUGGCUGUAUCGCUUUAUAAGCAUUCAGCGUACUGGUUCAUUACAAAAUAGAGCCAGGAUCUGGGAACUGGGACGGUGUCUGAAAGAAAUCCUGGACUUGUCUGAACCUGACGCAACAACUAUUGUUAACAACCCCAGGGACCCUGUGGGCCUGGAUUGGGUGAAGCUCCCUUGGCCUAUCAAGGCUACUGAUACCGACGACCUUGAAGAGUACAUUGAGGGCUGCCAAAUCUUGUACACACAGCGUGUCUUUCUCUCUAGUCAUUUGCGUCAAAUCACUGCCUCAUGCAUUGACAUUGAGGGCACAGACUACAUCACAGGUCUUAAACUUUCCUUCGACAAUGGGACCAGCACCCAACUCGGUUACAGAUCUCGGGAUAAUUCUUCAGCCGAUAUAGUAGACUUUGGGGGAUUCGUUGUCGCAGCGGGCACGAGUGGAAUUCAUGGGUUGCAGAUAAUCGACGAAGGAUUCGAGGUCACAAAAUGGUUCGGUUCGAACAAGAGAUGUCCUCAAACACGUAUGUUGAAGUUGGAAGGGGAGAUUGUCGGAAUGACUGCUUCUUUUGACGGUUUCAAACUCGUCUCUCUGGCGCUGGGGCGGCCAAUCCGGCGAAAAGGUAAAUUGAAGCCAUCUCUCUUUAAUACUGCCUUAUGGUAUCCAGGUCUCCCACCAGACAAUCUACGCAUGAAAGAAGGGGCCUGGAUGGGCCAAUCGCCGGCGAAAUCUCGUCACAAUCUCCUGUUCUGGGUCUGGUUCGGUGGUCCAGGAGGGUCGUACCUUCAGUACUUGACAGGGAUAUCCAUCACGAGAUUCAAAGGCGGAUUUGGGGGGAUCGAAUUCCAUUUCUCAACCGACAGCGUCCCCAUCACGUCCAGGAAACUCGGUUUUUGUGAUGACAAGCGGGGGCCGGAUUUCGCCAUCGAUGGUGCAGGAGGAGAGCGCAUCACGUCCGUCUAUGGGAGGUUAGCGCAGAUGCCUUAUCUACCCGCUCUGACGAUAUGCACAAACCGCGGUCGAAAGUUCGCUGCCAUACGCCAGAGUUUCGACGUUGCGAAAUUGAAACAGCUCUUCCCGGUUGAACCCAACUCCAUUCUGACGGGAUUUUAUACUGGCUAUCGAGAGCAUGAUUCUCCACUGCGCAGCUUUGGUUGCUUGUGGGAACGAAGCUAA